AACAAAUCCCUGAUUAGAGCAAAUUCAUGAUUAGAGCAAAUCCCAGAGCACAAGAUCAGAUCCUGCUGUCUCAUCAUCACCAUUAUUGUAAUUACAAGAAGAAUCUUUGUCACAAUAUAUAAUUAACGUAUAGACUUUUAGAUGAAUACUUUUGAUCAGGAGAAGAAAAGAAGGCGUAGUAAAAAGCCGAGAGUUAGUAGUGAAGAAAACAUGGAGAAAGUACACAAAGAAGUUGAGAAACAAAGGAGACAAGAAAUGGCUUCUCUUUACACGUCUCUCCGCUCUCUUCUCCUGUUGGAGUUCAUCCAGGGAAAGCGUUCGACAGCAGAUCAGGUGAACGGGGCGGUGAAUUACAUUGAGUAUUUGCAAAGGAAUAUCAAGGACAUAAGUUCCAAGAGAGAUGACCUCGUGUUAUUGUCUGGACGAAGCUUUGGGAGUAGUAAUGAACAAGACUGGAAUCAGAUUUCGAAUCAUGUCGUGAUCAUUCGUCCGUGUUUGGUCGGGAUAGAAAUCGUAUUUAGCGUUCUCCAAACGCCGUUCUCAAGCGUUCUCAAAGUGAUUCGUGAACACGGUCUCUGUGUUCUUGGCUGCAUCUCUUCCAGUGUAAAUGAUAGACUCAUUCACACUCUACAGGCUGAGGUCAACGAUCUGGCUUUGAUCGACUUAGCAGACCUUAAGGAUACACUUACCCUAAUGAAGUAAUUAAACGUUUUUUUCAGUAGAUUCCUUUUAACUUCUCCAACCAAAACGAUGUACAUAUGGUUUCUUAAUACUGCAUUGUGUCUUUUUAUU